AUGCAUACCGACUUUGUGAAACCCCACGAGAUGAAGGAAAGGACCCAACACCCCUAUGGGUCUGUGCCAGCUGAUGAACAGCAAUCCAAUUCGUCCUCAGUCGAGGACACUCCAGUAGAGGAAUCGUCAUACGGCCACCAUGAUCACCAAAAAGUCACAUAUUCAACAAUUAAUCAGGAAGAGCAGGACAAAAUCGAGCCGCAGCCUCUCGGUACCUCUUGGCUUGAUAAGACUUUGCGUCUGGGGUUCGAUCUAAUUGUGGCAAUCAGUGCCCUGUUCUUUACGAUUUUCGGCAUUUGGGUGUAUCGCAUGGAUGGUACACCCGCCGGUCCAGGGACAACAGGCUCCAAACUCUUUGAAGCCUCACAAUAUGCGCCAACCAUCUUCCCAGUUCUAUUCGCUGCCAUCGCCGGUAGCAGUAUGAAGAGCAUUGCGUUGUGGCGCGUCCAGACACGCCAAGGUGCAACCAUCGGGCUGGUGCAGCAGUGUCUCGGCAGCCAGACCAUCUCAAGUGCCUUCCUUACACAAGUACGAUUGAGAGCUAUUAAUACUUUCGCUAUAUUCUCUGUGAUUUUGUGGUGCCUAUCUCCGUUGGGAAGCCAAGCAUCUCUCAGAGUGAUAUCUAUCGUGGAUGAUUACUUAGAAGUCCCCAUGAACAUGAGCACAGUGAAUACCUUUUCUGAGUAUCAAUACGGUUACUCUGAAGGGGUUGGAGAAGCAGGAACAAGGAUAUCAAGCCCCGUUGCUGCUGCAAUAUCAGCGGCCUCGCUUCUUGGAUCCCGUAAUCAAGACCUUUGGGGGAACAUUCGCUUUCCUAUGAUGGAGAAUCUUGAGACUAGCAGUGAUGAAUGGGUUGAUUUGCCUCAUACCAGCAAUUUGACAUAUUCCUCCCUUGUAGGUACACCAGUGGGUACAUUGCCUAGCUCAGGCAACAUAUCUUUUACCCUCCCCGGUUCUUAUCUUUCCAUCUCUUGUCCAGACUUCGGUACCUCACAGACUUCUGAAUUUUUCAACUGGAUAAGCAGGACUCCUCCAAACGGAAACCACUGCGAUUGGGCGAGCUCAAAGACAUCCAACGAACAGUUCAAGAUCGCCAUUUCUCGGCAAUGUACUGGCAGCAGAAUGAACACCACGACUCAUAAUGCCCGAAAGCUUAUUUGGGAGUCAUCCACGUUCAAUAACAACACCGACUGGACAUGGGCUGCGUGCGAUCUCACUACAACUUACGUUGAUGCCAAUAUGACAUGCACUGGGAGCUCAUCCGGGAGUUCAUUAUUGAGCACCUGCAAACUAUCCGCUGCUCGCCGCUCGCCCAAUUACCAGUUUCAUACCAAUUGGACUGUUUUUGAUAUAAUCGGUAAUGGAAAUUACAACUUCUCAGGCCCGAAUUCUGAUGCCGAUGGUGUUUUGAGCAUCCUCACUGGCCUAUAUCCUCGUCUACUACCCACAGCUGGCAUAGAGCCCGUCCUCGCCUAUCUCAUCAACCCUUAUCACGCCGUAGGACUAGGUGAAUCUCAGGAGACCAUGAAAACCUACGCUAUUGGCCGCCGGGUAUUCCAGACCCGUCUAGCACAGCUUCUGAAUUCGAUUCUCUAUAUAGGAAUCGAUCCCACCGUAUUCACGGGGUCUUGGGAUUUGUCCCAUAUAGUGACGAAUGAGCAUGCUUUCAACUUCACUGCCAUUAACAGCCACCAGUAUCAAGUCGUCAGGUGUAGCCGGCCUUGGCUUGGUGUGCUCAUCGUUUCAUCACUAACUAUCUUCAUCUGUGCGCUGAUCGGCGCUACUCUGCGUAUUAUUACGCUAGCUCCUGACAUCCUAAGCCCGAUCACUGCUGUCUUUUUGCAUAACAAAACAACCGGAGUUGUCGGAUCUUCGACGUGGUCUUCUGAUGAGUGGGCCAGAAAUUUGAGCGACACUAAAAUUUAUCUUGGGGACAUUGAACCUGGGGCUGAAAUUGGUUGUAUUGCAUUGGCAACUUCGACGCGAAAUGUGCAGGCAAUUUCGUCAACGGGAAGGUAUUAUUUAUAA